UUCAGCAACUUAGACAACCCAUUAAUGGUUCCUCUUCCUUCUUAUCUUCAUGUAGAGCCGUUUACAACAAACAUUUACAAUAACAAAACAAAAACAAAAUAAAAAUAAAGUGUUCUGUCAAAAUAUUAAAGUAAAAUAAAAAUGCUUCUUAACCAUAUCGGCGCCGGAUGCUGUUGGGUCGGCCCUCCACGACCCGACCCGAAUCACAAAACCCGAAUGGUCCCCGCUAGUUUUCGCCGCCGGCGGGUGUUGCCGCCGUGUCCGGCGAGGACUGCGGCGUUGAAAGGCGUACGAAUGGAGAAGAGAGGCGAGAAGCGGCGAUCGAUAUGCACCGCCGACGAGCUUCACCGCGUCUCAGUUUCGAACUCCGAUUGGAAGCUCGCUCUUUGGCGCUACCUUCCUUCUCCUGAGGCCCCAGUGAGGAAUCACCCGCUUUUGUUGUUGUCAGGAGUUGCCACCAAUGCAAUUGGCUAUGAUCUCUCUCCUGAGUCUUCAUUUGCUCGGUACAUGUCAGCGCAAGGUUUUGAUACAUGGACUCUCGAGGUUCGAGGUGCUGGGUUGAGCACACUUGGAGAUAGGGUGGAGGAAGAUGAGUGCCUCAAGAAUUUUUCUGAGAUUGAUUCUGCUAUUAAUAAUGACAUUGGUGAAAGCAGCGCUGCUUUUGCAUCAGAAGUUCGUCAAAAGAAAAGGGGAGGAUCAGAGGCUAUAACUAAAUCUGAGGAAAUGCGGUUCACAGUGAGGUUCAAGGAGAUUUUUAAAAGUAUGUCUGAAAGGCUUGCAGGCUUUCUCAAUAGAGACUCUUUGGAUGAAGGAAAGGACUCUGCAUUUGUUAGUCAAAUCAAGGAUCUUAAUCGGAGACUUCGAGCUAUUAUUGAAGGUCAACAGUCAUUCCCAGCACAGCUUUCAGAAUUGCAAGAUCGUUUUGCUGCCACUCUAGAAGAGUUUCAGAAACAGUAUGAGCUGAUUGUCAAGUGCGAUUGGGACUUUGACCAUUAUCUGGAAGAGGAUAUACCUGCUGCGAUGGAGUACAUAAAGGCUCAGUGCCAACCAAGGGAUGGAAAAUUGCUGGCGAUUGGUCACUCAAUGGGGGGUAUCUUGUUGUAUGCAAAGCUUUCACGUUGUUGUUUUGAUGGAAAGGAUUCUGGGUUGGCAUCUAUUGUUACUUUGGCGUCAUCACUGGACUAUACCCCUUCAAGAUCAUCUCUCAAGUUGCUUUUACCCCUGGUAGAACCUACUCAGGCUUUGAACAUUCCUGUUAUUCCAGUUGGGCCAUUGAUGGCUACUGCUUACCCUCUUGCAAGCUAUCCUCCAUAUGUAUUAUCUUGGUUAAAUUCUCAGAUUUCAGCUCAAGAUAUGAUGGAUCAAAAGCUAUUUGAGAAGCUUGUUUUGAACAACUUUGGUACCGUGCCUUCUAAGCUUCUCUUGCAGUUAAGAACAGUUUUCCAAGAAGGUGGUUUACGUGACAGGAGCGGAACAUUCUUCUACAAGGAUCAUAUCUACAAAAGUAAGGUUCCUGUUUUAGCGGUUGCUGGUGACCAAGACUUAAUCUGCCCUCCUGAAGCUGUAUAUGCAGAAACGGUAAAGCUUAUUCCUGAAGAAUUGGUUACAUACAAAGUCUUUGGAGAGCCUGAUGGUCCACACUAUGCCCACUAUGACUUAGUGGGUGGUCGUCUGGCAGCAGAUCAACUGUAUCCAUGUAUAACUGAAUUUCUCAUUUAUCAUGACAUGGAUUAGUCCAUUGAUA